AUGGAAGAAAAAACGAAGUCAUUGUUAUAUAUUGGAAUUGUUACAUUCUUCAUUUUAUGUCGGAUAUGUCAUAUUAACGAUGAUAUAGGAACAUUAAACAAAUAUUUUAAUGAGAACUACAUGCAUGAUAGUAAAUUAAAUAUACGAAAUUACCGAUCUCUAGAAAAAUAUAAACAGGAUAAAGUUUCAAAUAAUGUAUGGUUAAAAGAAGAGGUGCCAAAUAAUGGAACAUGCGAGAAAAAAUAUGUAUCUAUUAAUGAAAGAGUAUCCCCAGGGAAAAAGAAACAAUCAAAUGGGUUUUCAUCAAAUAAUUUGGGAGGCAAUAAACAAGACAUGAAAAAUAAAUCUUGUAUUUUUGAAACCAAACAAUAUAGCCGUUUAGAAAAAAAAAUAUUCAAAGAAAUUGAUUACGUAGAUUUUCUUAAAAACAACAGAACAAUUAGCAAUAAGGUUUACUUUAAAACAAUAUAUAAAAAAUAUGUACCACGAUUUGCUUUACCUUUAUUUUUUUUACUUUUGUUUUUUACAUAUCUCUUAGCCGAUUUUUGGGGAUGCGGACUUAUAGGAAUAUUGUGUUAUGUAUUGAAUAAAAUUACACCUGAUUGGUUAGAACCUUUACAUGAAUUGCUAAAGAAAUCUGCUUUAGCCCCUUUUUUCAAAUCUAUUGGUAAAUUACCAAGAGAUCCCUCGACAGGUAGAAAAGUUCCGGACCACUUUUACGUAACAGGCUUUUUAGGUCUUUUUAUAUAUUUAAUUCCUUUCAUAAUAUUCGGUGUUACACUUAUAUUAAAAGUUGUUUACUACCAUAAGAAAGUUAAAAAAUAUCAAAAAAUUAAAUUUGGAAAAAGGUAA